CCGGUAAAAAAGAGCUUAUGUUCCGGUUAUUCCCCUUUUAAAUAUCCCGAGUGUCACUCUCUGUUGCGGAGGGCAUCUGGUGGCAACGAAGGUCAGGAUGAAGUUAACUGAGAUGAAAAUGGCUGAACAAAUGAGGUACCCAUAUACUAUGAGUGCCAAGAUGAUGCGCUUUCCAUGGAAGUACCAUUGGGCUAAUGCUAGAUUUUUGAGAUAUUUGACAUAUGCUAUCAUCAUAGCAUCUCCUCUUUACAUCAAGAUCCAUAAAUUUGCAAACCAACCUGCCAACUGGGCAAAAUGGAAUGGCAUCAGAGCUAAGAGAGAACAUACCCACUUCGAUCCUGUCAAGCCUUGAGAAAAAUGGAGUUUUACUUAGAAUAUAACUUUAGACAAUUUUUCAACAGUAUUGUUGGGUUAAAAACCUCUAAAAUAAAGUAAAACUGUUAAAAAAA